AUGGUCUCAGACUCGGACGCAGACCGAACACGAAGGUCGCCCGCACAAGGACACCCCGAAACAUGCACAGACUCGGGCUCGCGGCAGGGCGUAGCAGCCAUAUCGCAAGUCAGAAAUAUUCUUGAGCUACUCGAAAUCAAACCCGACGACGCAGAUAUCGAAAAUAGCAUUCGGGCCAUCGUACCGACUUACGACGACCCGGACCACGAUGGUGACGAGGUACUACUGCGUAUGCCGAAACGGGGGCCUGACCCAAGCAGUUCAGUGAUCACUCUCGGACAGGUGCUGGACAAUAUCCCGGCACCCACAAAACUGAUUGUCAGCCUUCUGCGGGAAUUGUUCGCUUUCACAGUCCCGAGACACCAAGGGCAAAAGCAGAUAUCCGCCGUCUACACACCCACUUCCCGUCUCUUGCUUCGUACCUGGAAAACGUUUGUUCAGCAAUGCGCGAUUUCAGGGGUCAAGCUUGACACUCGGGAAGGCCUGGAUGGCCAACAACUCGACAAUAUAUUUAGAGGCCUGAGAGAGGACGCGGGGGCGGAAGAAGACGGCAAUCUAUCUGUUGCGGUGACGAAGGCCAUCUUAAGACAACUCGGCCAACCAUUGACCGGCGACGGCGACGGCGACGAGAUUCAUGAUGGUAAGGAUUCAGCCCCCGAGCUGGACCUGGGACCACUGGACAUUACCGGCGGAACCUUGGUCCUGAAAGACACCGAUAUCUGCAAGGCCCUGGGCCACUGGAUCCUCUCGUCUCUACAAGACAAACCUUCGUCUUCGAUCGGUCUGGAAGACUUCAUGAAGCAGUGGACCGAACUCCUUCCCGAGUCGUGGGCGAAGGACUGCGACGCGACAGCUCUUGUCCGCUCGAUCGGGGGAGGAGUGCAGCUAGUAAAGGCCUCAGGAACCGAACCUUCGGUGUUAAGGUGGCCAGCUCCAGUGAACAGUAAUGGCAGUCUAGGCGGGCCAGUGGCGGCUGUCAGCGGGCCACGGCCAGCGCACCCAGCGGCGGUCGUCAAGGACGGUGCUACGAGAGGUCAGAACCAGGAUCAGAACCAGAACCAGAAGAAGAGAAAGUGGCAUGAAAAAUUCGGCGCGCAGAGGAGAAACGUAGAGAGAUGA